GUACGAAUUGCCGCUUCUGGCUGAGGACGCUCUCACCUUUUUGGAGCCCUCGGGUCAGAAGAAAUUGAUGGAAGUGUUGGAUGAGACAUUGGAUGUGAUAAGAAGCGUAGCAAACGAAGAGUCGAGUAUCAUUGAACGUACGACAGUUAAAGAUGAAACGAGAGUGCGACAUCUACUGCUAGCCUCGCCUGAGCCCUAUGAUUCUCUAGUCAAGACCUCUAUCUUUGAUGCUACCAUGAAGGAGCUAGCCACUACUGAUGAUGAGGACACUAAAACAGUGCUUCACUAUGUCUCACUGGAGGGAGCACCCAUUGUGGACCCAGCCAAGAGCUUUAGUCGCUUCACAUCACGAAGUUUGGGAUGGCAAACCAUUACGCAUGCUUCUUAUGACCAUCUAUUAAAAUGGCUCGAUGAUCAUGAUUAUCGUAGACCAGAGUUUUACAGUACAGUAGACUAUAAGCUCCUUCCCAAGGAGUUCACAGAUGCUGUUGACGUUGUCAAUGACAGAUUCCCUCUCGACGCAGUUCAAUUAACGUCCUGGUAUAUCAAUGAUUACCUAGCUGGUGGUGAAGUCGUUCUCGAUGCUAACGAGUUGAUGAGAGAUAUCACUACCAAGCCUCAGCCAAGGAAUGAUAUGUUUGGCGGCUUCGAUAACGAUGCUACAGAUCCCAUCACUGACUUGUCCGAAUUCGACGAUGAGGACUCUACUGAUGUAGCCGGUGUUGAUGAGGAGGAUCAAGCUGAUGAUAAUAAGACGACAGCGGAUGAUGUCAAUAUAAAGGAUAAGAUUAUCAAAGAAUUCGACUCUUUGAAAGAUGCCCCUGCCGAGAAUAAGGCAUAA